GGAUCAGGACGGGCCACGCGUUGGCGCGUGACGGGACUUUGAUGCGGCGCGAUGAAAAGCACGACGGAAAUAGUCGGAGCAACGUCGAGACAUCAGGCCGGACCUACUGCGUCCACUAAAGCUGCCGACCACCAGUCAGCGCACGUGCCCAGCAGGGCUGCAUCUACAGCGUCCGUCAUCGAGCAUCCUCAUGGUCCGAGCACAGCCGCGGCUUAGGCGAAGGGGGUGGUGAUAGAAGCCGCCCAGCGCAGGAGGGGGCAGUGCACUGAUGCCCAACCUGCCCUCGCCAAACCCACUGAUGUGAGAUAGCAGUCACAGCCCCAUGCACGCGCCUAUAUAAAGGCUGGCACUUGUUAGGAGAGCGCUGGCAGUGGACUGUGGACUGGUCAUCAGCAGCGGUGAAGGCUCUAAAAGAGAAAACAGGAUCUACGCAAAGCAGCUAUGGCUCACGCUUGGGGUUACGCAGAUCAUGAUGGGCCUGCUAAAUGGGUUGAGAGCUUUCCUAUUGCGGAAGGACCCCGGCAGUCCCCUAUUGACAUCAUCCCAAGCCAAGCACAAUUCGACUCCAACCUCAAGCAAAUUAAGCUGAAGUAUGACCCCAGCACCUCCAAGGGCAUUCUCAACAAUGGCCAUUCAUUCCAAGUGGACUUUGCUGACGAUGACAACAAGUCGACUCUGACUGGAGGGCCUGUGACUGGAACAUACAGGCUGAAGCAGUUCCACUUCCACUGGGGCAGCGCUGAUGAGAGAGGUUCCGAACACACUAUUGGGGGCACCAAGUUUCCCUGUGAGCUCCACUUGGUGCACUGGAACACCAAGUACGCAAACUUUGGUGAGGCCGUCAACAAGCCUGAUGGUUUGGCUGUUGUUGGGGUUUUCCUGAAGAUUGGUGCUGCCAAUCCAAGUCUGCAGAAGGUUCUGGAUGCUUUUGAUGCCAUCAAAUCAAAGGGAAAGCAAACUACAUUCUCCAACUUUGAUCCUAAGACCCUGUUGCCUCCCACUCUGCAUUUCUGGACUUACGAUGGCUCUCUGACCACGCCCCCUCUGCAUGAAAGUGUCACCUGGAUCGUCCUGAGGGAUCCAAUCAGCGUCAGCCCUGCUCAGAUGGGUAAAUUCCGUAGUUUGCUGUUCAGCUCGGAUGGGGAGUCCCCUCGCUGUAUGGUGGAUAACUUCAGACCCCCGCAGCCCCUCAAGGGACGCAAAGUCCGUUCCUCCUUCAGAUAAACUCCAGUUCUGUGUCUUACCCCCACCCCCCCCCCCCACUCCCCUCCUGUCCUCCGAUUAUGGUGCUCCUCUUUCCUGACGGCAUUCAAAAGCACUCCAAGUGAAAUUCUCCCAGUGGAAAAUUUAAAUGUAAUUCAAUUAUAAAAGUUUAUCAUAAUUAUUUUUAUUUAGUCAGUUUUAAAUGCAUAUCAUUAUAUUUUGGCUAUGUUUGUAUUUUAUUUUAUUUACUAUUGCUUUGUUUAUUUUCUUUUUUAUUUUGUUUUAUUUUAUUUCAUUUUACAGCUGGAUGAGCAGCUCUUCUCAAGUGUUGCUCUCAGUCUGAUUUUGCUCUUAGCAUUUUUGUGCCAUGUGUGGAAAACCCAUUAGCUUUAGAAAAAGUAAAGACAGCAUCACAAUCUUUGCAUAUAAACCACAAUGCAUCACUGCUAGUUCUGUCUAUCGUUCACAGAGUGCAUAAUGGAGGACCGUAUACCAACCCCCAUACCCCCCGCAAACAAAACCAUUCCAUUAUAUUAAUUAUUCUUUGUGUGCUUUUACUGGAAAAUCAUUGCACCACUUUAGUUAUGCAGACCUACAGCGUGAAAGAAAAGCAUAUACUAUAUAGGAUUAUAUAGGAUGUCGCAUUCCACCCUGUAGAAAUCAUGGUUAUUAUGUGUGCAGCAUUAAGAUGUUGUGUGAAGUAGUGCCAGUCAGAGAGAUCAGUCUAUGGCCAGUAAACCCAAUAAGUGCCAGUAUAUGAUCUUUAAGGAGCAGCAGUAGCCAGAGAACAUAUAAGGGGAUGCUAUGAAAUAAUGCUGGACCACAAAAUCCUCCACUAUGUUGUCAUGAUAUUUGGUUUUGAAAAGACAUAUGACGAAAUAUGGAUAAAUGACUGUGGUGUUGUCAUUUAAUCUAAAGAACUUUAUGAACAAUAAAAAUAUAUAUAUUUUAA